AUGGCGGUGAAUUCCGGAGGAGGAAGGGAGACAAUAGACAUCAUUGACUGGAUGCGCCACGCGGCCAGUCCAUCUGUUUUUCAUAGUAUUGGUUUGGCUUACAGACCUGUGAAUUAUUCUUUUCUCUCUUCCGUUUUCAUCAUGAGCGGCCAGUAUUUCGCCACCUAUGUUGAGGAUUUGGAGCAAGAUCCUUUUGAUGCGAUAGAUUUUGUCGAACGCGUUGCAUGGAGAAUGACCGGUGGAGCAGAAACAAUAACUGAUCCCGUAUCGUUGAAAAAUAAAUUCGAGGAAGAAAUCGGAAGCCUGCAAAUGCUAUGCGAUCAGUUUCAGAGCAAAAUAGCAAUACUGGAGCACGAAUUAAACAAGGAGAAACGUGAGUAUGUCAACCAAUUGCAGCGUUUAUAUGAGAGGAAUGCGGAAGCCAUCGAUAAAGUCAAACAACUCGAUGCAACUAUGCAGUCGGUAUCAACGAAGGUUGUUCAUCUAGGUGAUCAACUUGAAUCGGUUCACCAACCAAGGCAGCGUGCUCACGACGCUCUGCAACUUAUCCAACAUUUUGACGAGUUUUUGUCAGAUCAGCCUUUGAAUUCCAUGAUUUUCACAGAUCCAGACAAGCUGUUGGAAUCAGCCGAUCUAGUUCAAAAACUGUACUCCAUCUCACAAGAAUUGUCGAAGGAGAAAUUUGCGACCGUCCAAGCGAGGAUAGCACAUAGGUUCGUGAUGUCUGACCCCGACUUUCCUACUGUUGGGCCAAUUGAUGAUGUGGAUAUGUUUGCAUCAUAUGUAAGGUUGCUCCACAAGCAUGACAACCUUCUCAAAGAUCCAACGUAG